CGGGAUGUGAAAAUAUAUUUAUAGGUUAAUGCCAUGUUUAAAUCGCGUAAUAUAUUGGCAAAGGAAAAAGUAGCGUGGAAAAUAAACAAACGCGUAUACACACAUACCAAUUUAAUACAUUCUAACAUUUAAUAGCAUUGAAAUGUAGCUUAGUAAAGUAGAGUGAGUUAUAAAAAAUAAAAAAUAAUAAAAAAUCAUAUUUAUUUACGUUUUUAUAUGUCGGCGCAUGCCCGGAAGUGGCGUCAUAUUAGCGGCAAACUUGACUGACUGAGGAAGUAAACAAACGGUGGUCGUAGUGAGUACUUCUGUCUGUAAAAUCUGUUAAAAUAUAUCUCUUUUUUAAUAAUUUCCCCCACUGUGUAUUGUUUUUCGUUCAGAUUCGCAUAACGUUAGUUCAAGCCGUUGUAAAGUAAGUUAGUCCAGGCACAGAUAUUGCGCAUUUGCUUCGUUAAUUUGGCUCGUUCUCUCACAUAUAUCACAGAUAUAGAUUUAAUUGUUGGAUUAUUAGAAUGUGACAUGGUAUAAUAGUAUAAUGAUAUAAUUCAUGUUAGGUUAUUACAAUAAACAGGUUCGUUUGCAUCAACCUAGCCGCUAUGUUAAGACUGUGUGAGCUAGCAGUUACUCAAGUAGAGGUCAUUCCUGCUCUUCUGAUUCAGAUUAGACUAAUAUACCUUUAAGUAACUGGCUUUAAAAAGUUACGCCAAGUCGUUAAGAAGACACACAAGUAGAUUUUAUAACCGGUCCCUUUCUGAUGAUGAGAGGGCCUGUGCUGAUGCUGAUGCUGUUUUCUGGGCCUCAUCGAUAGCUGUGUGAUUUCUGCUUAAAGUCUUCAGAGGGAGAAGGAUGAGCGGUCAGGGUUCGGCCAGAGGGUCGUGGAGGGGUGGAAACAACUCCGCUGGAGGAAGAGGAGGAGGAGGAGGGUGGAGAGGAGGAAGGGGAUGGGGUAACGGUCAGUACAGGGGCUGGAGAGGCCGUCAAUGGAGCACAGGAGGAGGGAACUGUUCCACUAACAAAACACAGCAUGGGUUUACUCCACAGGUCAGUCAAGCAACCCUCGACGUCGCGUGUCCAUACAAAGGAUGGCGUCUUUAUUUUUCUGAAGGAUUUGUCGAAAGCUCACCAUAUGCUGAGAAGAUUAAAGUGUUUGAGCAGUACUUCACGUCGCAGAUUGAUCUUUACGACAAAGAUGAGAUCGAAAGGAAAGGCAGCAUUUUGGUGGACUACAAAGACCUUCUGUCUAAUAAACCCACUUCACACGCUCUACCUGAUCUUGCCAGAGAUCUUAAAGAAAUGCCUGAGAAGAUGCUGGACUGCUUGGGUCUUGCGAUUCAUCAGGUGCUGACUGUGGAUCUGGAGAGACGUGCAGUAGAGCUUCAGGGACAGGACGAGCUUCCUGCUGGUCUGCGACCCAUAAUCAACAUCCCUCACAUCAGCGCUAGGGUGUAUAACUAUGAGCCACUGACUCCUCUGAAAAGUCUGAGAGCUAAUUUAUACGGCAAGUUUGUUGCGAUCAGAGGCACCGUGGUGAGAGUGAGUAACAUUAAGCCGCUCUGCAGUAAGCUGGCCUUCGUCUGUAACAGCUGUGGAGACACACAGAGCGUCUCACUGCCUGAUGGGAAAUACACCAUACCCACCAAGUGUUUACAGACUGAAUGUCGUGGCCGGUCGUUCACUCCAAACAGAAGUUCACCUUUAACCCUCACUGUUGACUGGCAGACAAUAAAGGUUCAGGAGCUGAUGUCAGGUGACCAGCGUGAGUCCGGGCGAAUCCAGCGCACUAUUGAAUGUGAGCUUUCACAGGACCUCGUGGACAGCUGCGUGCCUGGCGACAUGGUCACCAUCUCAGUCAUUAAAGUGUCCAACGAAGAGGGAAAUGGCAGAAACAAGAAGGACAAAUGUAUGUUCCUCCUGUACAUUCAGGCCACUUCCGUCAGCAACUCCAAAGGUCAGAAAAGCAAAGCGGCGUCCGAUUCUGAGAGCCAGGGACCUUCAGUGGAGUUCUCCAUCAAAGAUCUCUACGCCAUCCAAGAGAUUCAAGCGCAGGAGGGCUUGUUCAAACUAAUAGUGAACUCCCUCUGUCCAGCCAUUUAUGGGCAUUUGCUUGUCAAAGCAGGACUGGCUCUGGCUCUGUUCGGCGGCUGUCAGAAGUAUGUUGAUGAUAAAAACCGGAUCCCAAUAAGAGGAGACCCGCACAUUCUUAUCGUUGGAGACCCUGGACUCGGUAAAAGUCAGAUGUUACAGGCUGUGUGUAACGUGGCUCCGAGGGGUGUAUAUGUGUGUGGGAACACGACCACCACCUCGGGACUCACUGUGUCUCUGUCCCGGGACAGCGGUUCGGGAGAUUAUGCUCUUGAGGCCGGAGCACUGGUGCUGGGAGAUCAAGGUAUCUGUUGUAUCGAUGAGUUUGAUAAGAUGGGCAGCCAGCAUCAGGCUCUUCUGGAAGCCAUGGAGCAGCAGAGCAUCAGUCUGGCUAAAGCUGGGAUUGUCUGCACGCUUCCUGCUCGAACCUCCAUCAUCGCAGCAGCCAAUCCGGUCGGAGGGCAUUACAACAAAGCCAAGACCGUCUCUGAGAACCUGAAGAUGGGAAGCGCGCUGCUGUCCAGAUUCGAUCUGGUCUUCAUCCUGUUGGACACCCCGAACGAGGACCACGACCACCUGCUGUCCGAGCACGUGAUGGCCAUGCGUGCGGGAAAGACCGGCGCGGUCAGCGGCGCCGCGGUCACGCGCCACGGCACACAGGAGUCCAGCAUCUCCAUUCUGGAGGUGUCCUCGGAGAAACCCCUCGCAGACACGCUCAAAGUGGUUCCCGGAGAGGCCCUGGACCCCAUCCCUCACCAGCUCCUGCGGAAGUACGUGGGUUACGCCCGGCACUACGUUCACCCCGCUCUGUCUGCGGAGGCUGCGCAGGUGCUGCAGGACUUCUAUCUGGAGCUGCGCAGACAGAACCAGACGGCCGACAGCACACCCAUCACCACCCGCCAGCUGGAGUCCCUCAUCCGACUCACAGAGGCCAGAGCUCGCGUUGAGCUUCGAGAAAAAGCUACGCGAAGUGAUGCGGAGGAUGUUGUGGAGAUCAUGAAACACAGCUUGGCCGACACUUACUCUGAUGAAUUCGGCCGUCUGGAUUUUGACCGCUCUCAGCUGGGCUCUGGGAUGAGCAAUCGCUCCAAGGUCAAGAAAUUUGUCACGGCGUUAAGCAGACUUGCCGAACGCAGCGGCAAAAGCAUGUUUGAGUUCCAGGAGCUCCGACAGCUCGCCAGAGAUCUGCAAAUACAGGUUGUGGAUUUUGAGGGCUUCGUCGGUGCGCUCAACGAGCAGGGCUAUCUUCUGAAGAAAGGGCACAGGACCUAUCAGCUUCAAACCAUAUGAAUCAGCCAUCUCUUGCGUUGUUUUGCACUCUUGAUGUUAUAUUUAUAGCACACAGCGUGAUGUAUGUGUACACAAAUGCUUCACUAUGUUAUUAACUGUACAUUGUUUUCAUGUACAUACAUAUAGACUUAUAUUUGUCUUUAAAUAGUAUUUUCCUGUGUAUAUAGUAUGUACAAAAUGAAACAGUAACCACAUUUAUGAACAUUUAAAAAAUGUUCAAGUUCAAUUUAAUAUUUAAUGUUAGCUGUGUCCCUUCAGCAGACUCUCCUGUGUUCAAUAUGGAGUCUGUUAUACUAUCAGCAACAGAACAUAACUGCAAUAGAUUAAAAAUAAAAGAACAUUAAAAUGCGUAUGAACGCUGCAUUCAUUAAAACAUUGUAUAGCCAUCUAAGUAAAAAAAUAAUAAAAUAAAAACAA